AUGCCCACUGCAUCCAGCAAGAGAGCCACACCUGCUCGCAAGAAAGCAAAGCUCGACGUAGCAACAGGCGAUGCUUCCACCUCGAGCGACGCCGAUAAACCGGUCGCAUAUGCAGCCGACACCGUCAUCGAGAACGCAACAGCCCAGCCGAAUGUAGCAGCAGGAUCGAGCACCACGAAGCCGACCCGUGCUAGGGCAACGCGAGCGGCCGCAGCGAGACCCAAUUAUCGCGAACUGCCCGCGGAGGAAGAAACCGCGAAACCAGGUACCACCGAUGUCUCCGCGGACGCAUCCGCAGCAAAUUCUUCUGCUACCGAGGAGCGGCUGCAAUCAACGCCUCCACCACCACACGCAACGCCAGCACCAUCUACGCCCCUUCCACAAUUCAAGACUCCAGCAGCGCCGCGUCCGUCAGUACCACGAAGCGCAAAGGGCAAAGCGAAAGCCAAGCUUGAAGAGGACGACGAUUACGAUGACGACGACGACGGUCCUUCCAGUGGCAAGACGCCCGAUGUUGAGGUCUACACUCAUGAGGGCCCGCUCAGCGCACUCAAUCGUAUCCAGAUGAAAACUCAAAAGCCACGUUCUCUACGUCCGCUUUGGCUGCAGGGUGUCUACCAUCCGCCCUUUUUUGGUGUGCCGCCUUCGUCCCUCGUAGCGUACUUUUCGAACGAGGACGCAGGCUCGCAGCCGGAUGAGGUGAGGAAAAGGGAGGUGGGAAAGGCGCUUUCAUGGCCUACGGACGGACACGUCAAGACUUGGCUUGAUCCGUCGGCAUAUGCGUUGAUCAAGAAGCAGCUGCUCAAGUUCUGGUUCGGACAAGUCGGAUGGGUUCCGAAGGAGGGGGUUUAUGACUGGGGGUGGUGGCCUGGCAAAGCAUUUGGAUGGAAGCAGAAUGUCGAAAUGUCAGAGAGGGCUCGUGAUGCCAAAGCAAAACUGCUUUCGAAUUCGAGCGCUACCAGUGCAGCAAUCGUGCGAAGGAAUCAACCCGGGUGGCCAUUCGUCCAGCCAUGGAUCGACGCUCAACUGCACACACUCAAGCUUCUUUCCAGCAAAGAUGCGAAGCCAUUCAUGCAGGAUACCACGACACCCCAACAAGCUCCGCUACGACAUCCGACCACGGUCAUGAAACUCGCCGUCCCCGAACUCACCAUGCGCAGUCGGCUCAAGCAGAGCGUCGUGCGUGAUUCGCCCAAGACACCGUCCAGAGCGAAAACCACCACAAAAGCCAACUCCGGUGGCGCGGGUGCAGACCGCGAAGCAGCCGACGAAGACGAGGAAGCCGCCGCAGCAGCUGACGAAGACGAAGAAGCCAUUGCAGCUCUCGACGCCAACCAAGAGCCGGUCAACCUUUCGGAUCCCAAGUUCGCCGACAUCCCGAACCUCGGAUUUGAAGAAAAAGGUUCGAUCUGCGGCGAUGUGCUGCACGUUUCGAUUGGGCCGACGGAUCAAGAGGUUCCGGUGCAGAUCCCGAAAGGCACAGCGAAGAGACUGGACAGCUUGGGUGUGGUGCCGGAUGAAGGACACGUCAUGAACGUCGGCGGUCACGUGUACGCGCUCGACUGGGUGCCGGUGCCGGUGCAUCUGAAUACGGGCAAGGAGUACUUUGUCGUAUCGGCGGCGAAUUCUCAAGCGCCGUUGACGAUGAUCGGUGCGAAAGAAGAGAGACCGGCAAAAGCGAGCUUGCAGAUUUGGAGCGUCGCGCCUGAUGGGACGCAAGGUGAGGAGAAGAAAGACAAGGGGGAGGCUCGACUAGAGAUGGUGGUAUGCCAUGAUAUUGGGACGGCGUACAAGCUGGCGUGGUGUCCGAUUGGGUAUGACUAUGCUGACGGAGGGAAACAGGAUCAGGGGAAGGAUGCCACUGCGCCGCGUCGACUGGGUUUGCUUGCGGGCUGCUUUGCAGAUGGCAGUCUGAGCGUGUUUUCCGUUCCCCAUCCGGAAUUGCUCUCCCGCAGAGGGAAGAGUUCUUCGCAGGAGCCAGUCUAUGUACAGCUCGAACCGAUCCUGACACUGACGCAUCCGCAACAAACCGCCACCAGCCUCGCCUGGGCCGGAGGUGAACUCCUCGCCUUCGGAGGCUCCCGCGGCUGGCUCGGCGUCUUCAAUAUCGGGCGCAUCCUCCGCUCAUCCCAUUCAGCCAACCUCCCGCCUAUGCCCGACCACGUCGUUCGAGCCCAUCGUUCCGCCAUCACCGACCUGACGUUCGUCCUCCUCCCUACCAUCAACUCAGAUGGAGUCGCACAGCACUCUUCACUCCCACGAACGAUAUUCUCCGUCUCAUUGGACGGUCUCACGUGUCUCUCGGACCUGGUGCGGUGCGAGGCGAAGUCGGUCGAACGCAGUCGAACGAUCCACCACUGUUGCGCGUUCUCAUCGUUCUCCGGUGGGAGUCUGCUGCACGAACAUGCGGAUGGAAGUCUAGCGCAUUACUCGUUGCGACCGGAAGAGAUGCUGCGGUCGAGAACGGUGACCCACACACCGUCGAGGAUCACGUCGAUGGAUGCAUCGCCCUUCCAUCCGAUGGUUGCGGUGGGUACGGCGCAUGGGGAGGUGAAGGUGGCCAACGCGCUGCGCACGCUCCGGCGCAGUCAGAGGAACCACCUGGCUGUGUGGCAGCAGGUACUGGAUAGGGGGACGGGUGAGUUGAAGGUGAGGACUCAUCUGCUACCGGAGAUCGCGAAUAAGGCCGAGGCGAGGGAGUGGCAUGUAGGCGCGUGGAGUGGCGUGUUGGCGGUGACGGCGGUGAGGUGGAAUAGGAACUUGAGGGCGGCGAGGUUGAUGUUGAGUGGGACGAGGGUGGGGUUGGUUGUGGUGGGGGAGGUGAGGCCGCCGUGGGAGGAGGGAUGA